AUGUCAACUCAACCGGAAAUCGUCCCAGUUCAGGAAGAAGUUCAAGAAGACGCCGCCAUCCCACCGAUCGUCGAGAAGAAGACCCGCGGACCAGCCACUCAGCCCAACAAGGCUACUCUUCGCUUCCAGCUGAAGGAGGCUCAGGAAUUGUUGGUAAUUCGAGAUGAGGAGAUGAGAAUCCUCGCCGAUCAGCUCGUCGAUAGAGAGGCUGAUGUAGAGCAGUUUGAGAUGAAUCUCACCAACACAUAUCAAAUCAACAAAGGACUGAGAAAGUUAAUUUCGGAUGGGAGCGAGGUUGUAGCCCAUAUGAAGAAGGCUGCGAAGACUGCCGCGAAGAAAGAGAGAAUUAUGAAGAGGAAAUUGGUGGAAGCGGAGGCAGAAGCAACGCUUUUGAAGAAGGAUAAUAGAAAGUUGAAGAAGGGGAAGAAGAGAAUGGAGGAGAAGAUAAAGGAGCUGGAAGAGAAGGUUGGGAAGGGAUCGAUGGAAGGAAUGGAAGAUCCCACCAAUGUGCUCCAGUCCAAGGAGAACUCGUCGUCCAAUUCAAAAACGAUGGAAGCCUAA